UGCCUGCCGCCCCCUACCGCCACACUACCUCACACUCUCAAUCUUCUACCAUCCAACCAGCCCAACCCUCUCCGAAGAAGUCGCAGUCAUGUCUUCCCAGACCUCCUCCUCUUCCAUGCAGAAGCGCCGCGACAUCAAGGCCGGGGUCGACCCGACCGACCUCCGUCGAAGGCGUGCGGACACAGCGCUCAGCCUCCGCAAGCAGAAGAAGGAAUCGGGCUUGGCCAAGCGACGAAACACCAUGUCAUCAUCAUCAUCAGCCGCUGCUGCUGCUGCCGGCGCCACCACCCCUCACUCCGCCGGCGGCCCGGGCGCCGCGCAGCUGGACGCGGCACAGAAGGCGGUCUCCGCGGCGGACGUGCCCGACCUGACGAGGGCGCUGGCGGUGGGCGCAGGCGGCCCGGCCGCGAGAGUGGAGGCCGCGAGAGGCCUCCGGAAGGUGCUCUCUCUCGAGACCGACCCUCCCGUGGCGGAGGUGAUCCAGGCUGGCGCGAUGCCGCUGCUGGUGCUCUGCUUGGACGAGCACAGCAGCACGGACUUGCAGUUCGAGGCGGCCUGGGCUCUGACGAAUAUCGCUUCCACCUGCAAGACGGACGCAGUCGUUCAGCACGGUGCGGUGCCCCCCCUCGUGCGCAACCUUCGGCACCACAACCAAGACCUCCGCGAGCAGUGCGCGUGGUGCCUCGGCAACAUCGCCGGAGACUGCGCCGAGCUCCGUAACGUGGUGCUCGGUACCCCCGACGCCCUCGAGGGGCUGCUGCUCAACGUCGUGCAGCCGGCCACGCCGUCGUUGCUGAGGAACUGCGUGUGGGCCUUGAGCAACAUGUGCCGCGGGAAGCCGCAGCCGGACAUGGCCCUGCUCGCCCCGGCCUUGCCGGUGCUGCUGAAGCUGCUGUCGUCCGACGACUCGGAGGUGUUGGUAGACACCUGCUGGGCCCUGUCGUACCUCUCCGAUGGCACCACCGAGCGCAUUGAGACGGUCAUCUCGUCAGGCGUCGCGCGACCGUUGACGGCGCUGCUUCAGCACGGGGACAGCAACGUGGUAACCCCGGCCUUGAGAACGCUCGGCAACUUCGUCACGGGCAGCGACGCGCAGACGCAGACGGUUCUGGACUUGGGCGUUCUUCCCCACCUCCAAUCUUUGCUGCGCCACCCGAAGAAGAACAUCCGCAAGGAGGCGUGCUGGACUCUGAGCAACAUCGUCGCGGGAACGUCGCCCCAGAUGGCCUCGGUGUGCGACAGCCCAGGGCUUCUCGGGGGCGUGAUCGAGCUUCUGUCCGGCGACGUCUGGGAGGUGCAGAAGGAGGCCAACUUUGUUAUCAGCAACGUUGCCACGGCAAGCGAUGCUUCGCGAGUGAGACAACUCGUUAACCUGGAAGCGAUCCCGGCAUUAUCUUCGAUGCUCGACCGUGCCGACGCCAAGGCGAUUCUGGUGGCGCUCGAUGCCAUAUCGGCGAUCUUUGCUCUGGACAGCGAGGACAACGGGCUCCCGUGGGUGCAGAUGUUCGACGAGUCCGGUGGGCUGGACCGUCUCGAGCAGCUGCAAGAGCACGAGAACAGAGCCGUUUACGACAAGGCGAUCGAGAUCAUCGAGCGGUUCUACGGGUGCGAGGACGACGAUGAGGAAGACGCCCACGUGGCGCCGACGGUCGUCGACGGAGCCUCGGCCUUCUCUUUCGGAGCGGCGGACGCCGCGACGCCAAGCAAGGCGGCGUCGUCCACUUGCGGCGCAGAGAUGAACAGCUCUCCUUGUGGGGGGGGUGCAGGCAUACCAAUCUUUGGCUCCCCUGUGCGAGCUCUCAACUUCGCUUAGGUUUUUUUUUUGUUUCCAUUUUUGUGGGUGUUGGACGUCGCGCGUGGCUUCGUCCUUUGUGGCUGCUGCUGGUGGAUCAUAGGCCUUCUAAAUGUGGUUGGGGAGUUGCGGUAUACGAGCAGAGAGUACAACUCCCGUAGACGAACAUGUACCAUCAUCAUACAUUUCCCAUGGCAGGUGAAACGAGGGGUUAGCGUUAGUGUUUAGGGUAGGGAUAAGGAUAGUCAAGACGUACGUGUGUACUGCUUAGCGGUACAUGCACGUGAUGUGUCGUCGUGUGUGCGUCUCUCUCUCGAGAGCCAUACAUAGAGAGCAACAGCAAUGCGGGGGUCGGUAUAGCGUACCUAGCACGCACGCUCGUUCCCAACGAAGACCGCUCAGUUCAGAUCUGGUCCCGCCGGCAUUUGGUGAGUUUUGUACAAAAUGACUUCGAGGAGGUAGGUAGGGAUGAUAGCUACCGAGGAGGGAGGCCACGCCCCCUUUGUCUAUUUGCUUGGAGCGAUAGACGGGUAACGGAGGGCGAAAGAUAGCCUGGGAUGAGGGAAGGAAGGGAGGAUCGAUGAUGAUUGUCGAUCGCGAGAAGAGCGUGCGACUGACCGCACAAGUGUUGGCAAUGACAUACAUGGACUGAUUUGAUUGCCCGAACAAUGAUAUAACAACGCACAAUUUUUAAAAAUUUAGGAAUGCGCGGACUGUCUACU